UUUAUUAUCAUUACCUACUUUUGGGUUUUUGGGUUUUCUUCUUCUUCAUAUGCAGACAAAGGUAUUUGAUAUUUGGAAUCUUCGAGUAGGUUUGUUUUAGAGAGAGAAAUAAAGAGUUGUUGGCUUGAAGACAAGCUGGUAGUUUUUUGGGGGAAACUGAAGUUUUGUAGAAGGGUUGACCUUAAAACAUAUUGUCUGAUUUAGGGUUUUUUCUUCUUCUCUGUCUCUGCAAAUCCUCGCACAUUUGGGCUGAGAUUUCUGUGUUUUUUUUUUUCUGAUUUAGGUUUUAAUUUGGGUUUUUUUACUCUUGAAUUGGGUUUUCUCAAGAAACCUGUUUUUUACAGUGAAAAUGAGGGUCGUUGUGUUUGGUUCAGCUGAAAGAAGACUGUGCUGGAUUGCUGCUGCUGUUUCUGUUUGAGAUUCGUGGUUUCCUUUUGAUUGAUUUAAAGCUUUCAUCUUCAUCUUCUUCAUCUUUCUUGGCUUGAAGGAGAAGUUCCAUUUCUGACCCUUGAAGAUGGCUUGCAUGAAGCUGGGUUCGAAGGCGGAUGCGUUCCAUAAGCAAGGACAGGCCUGGUUUUGUACCACUGGCUUGCCUAGCGACAUUGUUGUUGAAGUUGGAGACAUGUCUUUUCAUCUCCAUAAGUUCCCGUUGCUCUCCAGGAGCGGUGUUUUGGAAAAGAUGAUUGCCAAAGCAUCCAAACGCGGCGACGACGAAGAAGAAGCCCGCUGCACCCUUCUGCUCCCCGACAUCCCCGGCGGUUCUAAAACCUUUGAACUCGUUGCCAAAUUCUGUUACGGCGUCCGACUCGAGCUAACUGCUGCCAACGUGGUCUACCUUAGGUGCGUGGCCGAGCAUCUCGACAUGACUGAAGAAUAUGGGGAUGGAAACCUCCUUUCGCAGACGGAAACCUUUCUCACCCAAACCAUCCUUCACAAUUGGAAGGAUUCUCUUAAAGCCUUGCAGACUUGCGAAGAAGUUCUUCCACAAGCAGACGAACUCAAUGUAACCAAGAGAUGUAUAGAGUCGUUGGCGGUGAAGGCGAGUACUGAUCCGAGCCUAUUCGGGUGGCCAGUUAUGGAACGGGGUGGCCCCAUGCAGAGCCCUGGAGGGAGCAUCUUGUGGAAUGGAAUAAGCACUGGGGCUAGGCCGAAGAAAUCGAAUUCUGAUUGGUGGUAUGAGGACGCAUCAACCUUAAGUUUUCCCCUUUAUAAGAGGUUGAUUCUCGCUAUGAGCGAUCGGGGAAUCAAACAGCAAGUUAUCUCGGGAUCUCUAAUGUUCUACGCUAAAAGAUAUCUGCCAGGACUGAACCGCCACCGCCAGGGAAAGAGCGGAGAAUCGUCCGCGUCCACGUCUAGUCUAUCCGAAGAAGAUCAGAAGCAUUUAAUCGAAGAAAUAGACAGAUUGCUUCCUCUGCAAAAAGGAAUCGUGUCGACCAAAUUCCUAUCGGGUCUUCUACGAACAGCCAAUAUCCUUCGAGCCAGCCCUUCUUGUUUAUCGAACUUGGAGAAGAGAAUAGGCCUGCAGCUCGAUGACGCGAGUCUCGACGAUCUCUUGAUGCCUAACUUCGCUUAUUCGGUCGAGACUCUUUAUAACGUCGAAUGUGUCCAACGCAUUCUCGAGCAUUUCGUAGCAAUGGACCGCGUAGAAGGUGGGAAUUCGCCUCAUUUGAUUAACGACAGCCAGUCGCUAGAAGUAGGUUCGCCUUCAUUAGCCCCGAUCACGAGAGUCGCCAAGCUUAUCGACGGUUACCUUGCAGAAAUUGCCCCUGAUGUCAAUUUAAAGCUAGACAAGUUUCAACUCCUUGCUGCUGCCAUCCCAGACUACGUCAGGCCACUGGACGAUGGCCUUUAUCGUGCAAUCGACAUAUAUCUCAAGUCGCACCCGUGGUUAACGGAGCCGGAUAGGGAGGAGCUAUGUAGGCUAAUGGAUUGUCAAAAGCUUUCAAUAGAAGCAUGCACACAUGCAGCUCAGAAUGAAAGGCUGCCGUUGAGAACAAUUGUACAAGUCCUGUUUUUCGAGCAACUCCAGCUUAGGAGCUCGAUAGCCGGGUGCUUACUUGUUUCUGACAAUCUCGACGGAUCGAGGCAGCUAAGGAGCGAUGGAAUGGUGGGGGCGGUUAGGGAGAACGAGGUUUUGAAGGUGGGGAUGGAUAGCAUGAGGAUGAGGGUAGCCGAACUAGAGAAGGAGUGUUCGAACAUGAAACAAGAGAUCGUGAAGUUGGGUCGUGCCAAAGGGUAUGUCAGUAGUACAUGGAGUAGUGUUCCAAAAAAGAUCGGGUUCAGAUUGAAGUCGCAAAUGUGUAGUGCCCAAGAGGGGUCAGUCACUAACCCGAAUAACAACAGCCCUAAAUCCAAGGUCCUCCUGGAACACAAGGCAAACCAGAGGAGGCAUGGAAACCUUAAGAACCUUCAGAAGAUCUAGGAGCCAACUUUCGUUUUUUUUUUUCCGAUUUUUGUCUGCGUGAGUGUGUUUGAUCGAAUUGGUCUGUUUUCUUCGUAACAACUGUUGUACAAUGCAUUUUGUAAUUUUAUCUGACUCAAUAAUGUUGAUUGUUCUUCUGUAUCUUGUAAUUCUUAUAUUAAUGGAGUGAAAUGAAGCUUCUUUUUAUGUGUUUUUCAUUC